GAUGUACGUCUCCCCUGGUCUUUCUGCCCCAGGAAGGCUCUUGAGAUCUGGGUUACCCGCUGCUGUCUCCUUCAUUUACACAGCAGCGCACGCACCCCGCCCCAACCUGCUUGUCUUGCUGAUACUGCCGUAGGAGCACCUAGAGUGAGCGCCCUUCUCCCCACCAAAGGCAGCUGGCUUGCAUCCUGUGGGCAUGUGCCCUUCACCCUUGGCCAGCAGUUGCUGGGGAGUCUUUCUGGGCCUUUUCUUAGACUCCCCACCCACUUCUAGCCUGCAUAGAGAAGCAAAGUCCUGGCCACUUGCUAGAGAUGGCUUCAGGCUGACCACUCCAUUCUUAGUGCAGGCUGUCGUCCUUCCCGGCUUCCAUCACUGCAUGGCUCUCUCAGAGGCCCCCUCCUGGCCCAUCACUGUGCUUGAUGACAGCCACCACGUCUGAAGCCUUUGGGGGCUGGGGACCAAGUCUCAUUCGGCAUCGUCUGGCUGUGUGCAGGGGGCGUUAAAAGCCCCUCAGCCCUUGGAAGAUGGCUCCUGGGUGACAGGUGGACAGAGCCUUGGGCGGCCACAGUUUGUGCACACUGCUGCACUGUGGCAAAGCUGCCUGUUCUGCAUCCCGUCUUGAUACACGAAUACACGGACGUGGCAGACCACUGUGGGCUGCUCCCAGCAUGCACUCGCUUUGUGGCGGCAGGCGCUCUGGUGCCAUGGUCCUGUUCCCAGGCAGCUCCGGGGCCUGGGCCUGAUGGGCUGGAGGCACCGCCACCUCCCAGUCUGGCAGUCACAGCUGAGGGAAUGGGCAUGCAGCACCAAUGAGAAACCGGCGGUGCGUAGCUAUAACGCUCACAAGACUGCCAGCUUCGGGUGGGGAAGGAGGACGUGGGUGAAGCUGUAGCCAUAUCCUGUUGCCCAUGGCAGGCGGUGCGGAGAGCGGGUCUUGGUGGUUACUGUUUGAGCUGCAGUAUCAAGUCAUGGCAGAGCUAGUGGACAGCUGGACCUGGGGGCGGGUGAGGGGCACUGGUGACCUCUGGAUUUCAGCCCGUUUAAACUGGGCAGUCACUUAAUUCUAAAUCUGAAAAAACAAAAACGGUGCAGUCACUGGCAGCUCGGUGUGAACUGACACCCAGGCCUCUGCUGACCCCCACUCUUCCCCGCCCGGUGCAGGCUUCCCCACCAUCCUCACCCGGGGUUCCGUACUGGCCCUGGCGAAUGUUCGGGGUAACCGCAGCAACAGAUCGGUCCUGCAUCUGCUCCUCCCACACAGCUGGGAUCGCCCGCAGGACCGCCGCAGGUGGCCAAGAACCGUGAACCCGUGACGGGCCGGGCGUGAGGUCGCCUGGGGGAGGAUCGGCGAUGUCACGAACUCCUUCGCCGUCUCCCAGCCGUCUGUGGGGUUCUGUCCAAGCUCCUCCAGACGGAGCGCACCGGGCCUCGCUCCCCGGACCCCUUCCGUGGGCCCGAGCCGAGGUACUGGGGCCGCCCCGCGCUGGAAGGGCUCUGCAGGGACGCCGAGGCCAUGUCUCCAGUCAUCCUCCACCCAUCUCUCCCCAGGGACUGAGUUUUGAAGGCAAGACUUUGCGGGAGUCUCGCGGUCAUGGGCAUCCCCAAAGCCUGGAGUCGGGAAGGACUGGAGACACGAUGCCCACGACGGCCGGGGGACACCGGGCACGCGCGUCUCAUUCAGGGCGAGGCCAAAUGGAGCCUCUGGCCAUGCCGCGCACCCAGGGGAUGGCAGUGGGGGUCGUCCCAGCCCGGACCCCACCGACAUGGACCCCCCUUGACCCAUAGGACUUCCGAGACGCGAGCUUCCGCCACCAGGGGAGUCUCUGUUCGAACGUGGGCGGCUUCCGAGAAGCCCCUCCCCGCUCGGGGCGCCCGGGCAGGCGCUCUCAACCAGGCAUCCGCGCCUCCGCUCGGGGCAGAAGUGCUUCCGGGUCGGCCGGCACCGCGGAGUUCCCUGGGUAACGAGCCGGCCCUCAGACCUGAGCCAGGUUCCGGCGACGGCGUUAGGCGCGUUGCUGACGGGCAGGUGGAGUAGCCAAUCGUCGCUAGGCUGCGUCACGCUGCCCGCAGGCCGAGCCAAUGGUAUGAGACGGGGCGGGGCGGUGGCAGCAGUAGAACGUCGCGAGGAGCCGCCCUGCGGGAAGAAGUCGUAAGGGAGUCGGCAGCACAAAAUGGCGGCGGUGGCGGCAGCGGCGGCGGCGGCUGGGGCUGCGGGGUCCGCAGCUCCUGCGGCAGCGGCCGGCGUCCCGGGCUCUGGGGGCGCAGUCCCUGGGUCUCAAGGUGUGCUGAUUGGGGACCGGCUAUACUCCGGGGUGCUCAUCACCUUGGAAAACUGCCUCCUACCUGACGACAAGCUCCGCUUCACGCCGUCCAUGUCGAGCGGCCUCGACACCGACACGGAGACCGACCUCCGCGUGGUAGGCUGCGAGCUCAUCCAGGCGGCCGGCAUCCUGCUCCGUCUGCCUCAGGUGGCCAUGGCUACCGGGCAGGUGUUGUUCCAGCGGUUCUUCUACACCAAGUCCUUCGUGAAGCAUUCCAUGGAGCAUGUGUCAAUGGCCUGUGUUCACCUGGCUUCCAAGAUAGAAGAGGCUCCAAGACGCAUACGGGAUGUCAUCAAUGUGUUUCACCGCCUCCGACAGCUAAGAGAGAAAAAGAAGCCUGUGCCUCUACUACUGGAUCAAGAUUAUGUUAAUUUAAAGAACCAAAUCAUAAAGGCGGAAAGACGAGUUCUCAAAGAGCUGGGUUUCUGCGUCCAUGUGAAGCACCCUCACAAGAUAAUCGUUAUGUACCUUCAGGUGUUAGAGUGUGAGCGUAACCAACACCUGGUCCAGACCUCAUGGGUAGCCUCUGAGGGUAAGUGACUAAGACUUCUCCUCUGCUGUCCAAGCGCUUUGGUGCAGGGACAGCGGCGUCUUCAGCCAAUCCAGUGCAGGCUCUCCACCGAAGGCUGGCCCUAGACGGGUGGUACGCGCACAUAGCAUAGCCACGGCCGACGGCUGCUUGUGGUUCUCUGGCGAUUGUGCUGCUUGUUAACCUCUGUCGCGCUUUGGUAAUUGUAUUGAGUAGAGUUGGUAACUGUCUUGACUUGAAUUUUGUCCCUUUAAAACUGCUGUACCUGUAUGAUAAAGAUGCAGUACCUUUCUCUUUAAAAAAAAAAAAAAAAAUGGCGUGGAAAGCUGUCAGAAUUAAAGUGACAAAUUGGCUGGGGGAACCCGCCUGUCCGCGGGAGAAGUCUCAAGUUGCUCUUUCAGCAGCUUCACGUGACACAUUCUAGUAAAGGUGUGCAUCUUUAAAUCAUUCCAUGGAUACUUGAAAAAAUAUUGUAACAUUUCAAAUAUAGCAGUAAGUUUAUAUGUUCUGAAGAUUGCAUUUGUUUUUAAGACUUAAAAAUUAGUGGAUUAAUAUUAUGAGUACUUGAAUACUGAAAAUUGUUUAUUAGAAACGAAAAGGUUACUGAUGUUGAUCUGUGUUUGAGCUGCUCACUGCUCCCUUGCUUCAGGGGGUGUGGCCGCACGGCUGUCACACAGAUUCCCUCUUCAUGCCUGGAGCUGCUUCCAGAGCCACGUGCCUCUAGGCACCUGUAGAACUUAACAUUUAGAAAUCUCUGAAUGAGUUUGUAUGUUACCUUCUCCAAGGUUUCUGUAUGACCGGGGUUGGGGGAGGGCAAUCCUUCAGAUCCCUGCAUGACUUGUCACAUCGGCGGGCGCAGCCCAACUCCAAGGCUUACUGUUACCGGGGUACGUGAGGAGCAGUGAAUGUAAGACCAGAUCACCUGUCCUCAUGGGAUCAACCCUUUUCGUUAAUGCAGUAUUCCUAAAGCUAGUAUAAGGUCUGGUGUUAGACUGUUAAAGUUUAGAUGUAUUUAAAGGAAAAUGCUAAAAAUGUCCAUUUUUAAAUGCUUUAACUUUAAAAAGAUGUGUAUUUUUGUAUUUUUAUAGCUUCUAAAUAUGAUGAAAUUUAAAGAAUGUACUGUGAUGAAACGUUCAGUAUUGUGUUGCUUCUGAUUCUAUGAAUGUUCAUUUUAAGACUCCUUGUUGAAAUGGGACAGUUGGCAGCGGCUCUGGUGAGCCCAACAAGAGGCCUGCCCUUGGGUGCGGAGCCUCCCUCCCUCUGCACGACGCUCCCAUGCGUCCAGCUUACACCCCGGGGGCUUUUCCCUCUUCCAAGUGGACUCCUUCAAGCAAGCCGCAGCUCGGUCACCAGAGAAGGGCCCUGCCGCCGGCGGCCUUGCGGAAGAGGAGGGAGGACAGCGAGAGGACCGCCCGUGUCCCAGCAGCCGCCGGCUCUGCGCCCGGCCAGUUCAUUGAGUUUGCAUGUUUCUCUGCACUACGGAUUUUGAGCAUUUAGAUUUCUUUAAUCAAAAGCGUUUUAGUGACUACAGUAGACGUUUUCUUUCAGAGGCAUCAUGCUUUGCAUGAGAGCAGGCCAGAGUCGAGGGGAAAAGUCAAGUUAAAGUCGGUUCUCUUCCAUAGCAAC